AUGGCUGACGUCUCCUCAUGGAUAGACCCAAUCACUAACUUUUUGGAAAACGGUAAACUCUCCGAUGACGACAAGGCUGCAAAAGCGCUGAGAAGGGAAGCAGCCAAGUAUACGAUAAUACAAGGCCAGCUAUUUAAGAAAGGGCUGAGCCAACCUCUGUUGAAGUGCCUACGCCCCGACCAGACGGACUACGUGUUAAGCGAACUCCACGAAGGAUGUUGUGGCCACCAUAUUGAAGGAAAGGCCUUGGCUCAGAAGCUUGUUGAGGCCGGUUACUAUUGGCCCUCGAUGAUGUCGGACUCCCAAAAGUUCGUAAAGAAAUGUAGGAGAUUGUCGCCAUCGACUAUUACACCAAGUGGGGUGAGGCCAAGCCGUUGGCCAGCAUAUCCUCAGAAAAUUGCCGAAAGUUCAUGUGGAGGCAAGUAA